UUUUGUUAACGGGUCCACAUCGAGGUAACUCGGAUCUUCAAUCGUUAAAUUCACUCGCAUUCCUACGGUUGUUCUUAACGUUUAACAUUCUCGUUUACCGCAAUACACUCUCAUUCGCAUUAUAAUGGCAAACAUCAGUUACUUUAUUGUUUUAUUUGUCUUUGUUGUCUUUACGUUUGCAGGCGACGACGAUACUAUCACAUUUUCGCCAGAUUUAUUCAAAGUGGAUGCCAUGGCUGUCUAUAAAUUCACUGACAAGAAGGGUUUUAUAAUGUUUGUAGAAACAGAUGGCGUAAAUCCACAAAGUGAUAAAACUCCGUUGUUUGUUAUAAAUGAAAGUUACGAUGAUUGGGCCUACGUUGAUAUUAUCAAUAAGCUACUAGAUAAGGAUAUAAGCAGUAAUAAUAGAUACGGAAGACGAAUUUAUUUCGAAGUAUCUAAAAUGAAAUUUGGAACUAUAAAAGCUAAUAGAGGAUGAUACAUUUUGGGAAAAAAAGAAAAUAAAACUUAUUAUUCUACAAAGCAUGAAUAAAAUAUUAUAAUUACAAUUUUCGAAUAAUAUAAUACAUAUUUUUGAAUUUUAAAUAAACAUAAAAUUAUAAUAGUUUUAUUUUUAAUAACAAUAUAAUGUCAUAAUAAUUAAUAA